AGUCAGAAUUUAGAACUACGAAUUGGGUUUGUUUCUUCUCGUGAAUUACGAGAUUUGAAGAUUACUAUUUUCAGCACAAGAUACCUCUCGGUUUUAUUUGUAGCAUUGAUGAACUAGUAAAAAAAGCGUUACAUUAAAAUUUUUAGCGAAUUCUCUAAUCUGUUGCAGUGUGCGUGUACGAAUUUCUGCCGUCUGUAGUUCUCGUUCUGUGGAGAAUUCGAAUCGUUUCGUUUAAAAAUGAGGAAGGUGGUAGAAAUUCAAGAGAUGAUGGCGGUCUGGAGCUGUGUGUGCAACUUUCACUUCUCAAUCUUGGGAGUCAUUUGAGCUCAGGAACAUAAUAACGUCAAUUUUAUUAUCCCCUGUCUGUCGUUCCAUGUAUAUAGUAUCGUAUGUAAGAAUUGUUGGUGCUGAAGAAAGUAGUGUGUUUUCGUUUUUGUACUGCAUCCUCUAAUAUAGAAACCGGCAGGCGAUGUGUUUGAGUCGACAAGAAAGAAUGGGCGUGCAACCGAUAGUUGCAUGUUAGACUUUUCAUGAAUGAAAGAAUGUCAUUACUGGAAAUAAAACCUCACGACCACAUUCAUCACGCGCACUUAUACUGAAUAAAUGCUGUGUAUUUAUGUGAGCAAAUAAUGUUAGCUAAACCAGAUGUGAUAUUGUAAGAUAACCAGUUUCAUUUUAUAUUGUUAUACUUCAAAUUAGAUAAAUGAAUAUUGUUUUAUGACUCCCAGUCUAAUAGUCAGGCGCUAUUAGUUAAUUUACAAUGCAUAUGUCGUUAUAGUGAAAAUUCUCAGUGGAAAUUUACUGAAUUUCAAGUGAAUGAACAGAGUGUGAACAGGCAGUUUCAACACAAGAGACAACAUGUCUUCAGCUACUUUUGUGGAUAGAAUAGAUCCUUUUGCAAAACGUUCUUUAAAAAAGAAGACAAAAAAAUCCCAGGGCUCAUCAAGAUAUCGAAAUUCAGCUGAUCUGGAACUACAAGUUCUUCCACUUCUAAAGGAUGUUCCUUCCUCGGAACAAGAAGAACUUUUCAUCCGGAAAUUGCGCCAGUGUUGCGUGGCAUUUGAUUUCAUGGACCCUGUUGCCGACUUGAAAGGAAAGGAAAUUAAGAGAGCAACAUUGAAUGAACUGGUUGAUUAUAUUACAGCAGGGCGAGGUGUACUAACCGAACCUGUGUAUCCAGAAAUUAUUAAAAUGAUCUCAGCCAAUCUCUUCCGGACCCUUCCUCCAAGUGAGAAUCCUGACUUUGACCCAGAAGAAGAUGACCCAACUUUAGAAGCUUCCUGGCCACAUUUGCAGUUGGUAUACGAGUUUUUCCUACGAUUUCUAGAGUCAUCUGAUUUUCAACAAACAAUUGGCAAGAAAGUAAUAGACCAAAAAUUUGUGCUGCAGUUAUUAGACUUGUUUGAUAGUGAGGAUCCUCGAGAAAGGGACUUCUUGAAGACUGUACUCCAUCGUAUUUAUGGCAAAUUUUUGGGAUUGCGUGCUUUUAUUCGUAAACAAAUCAACAACAUAUUUCUUAGGUUUGUGUAUGAAACAGAGCAUUUCAAUGGUGUUGGUGAACUUCUUGAGAUUUUAGGAAGCAUUAUCAACGGAUUUGCUCUGCCAUUGAAAGCAGAGCACAAGCAGUUCCUUGUUAAAGUUUUGUUGCCACUGCACAAGGUUAAAUGCCUUUCUCUGUACCAUGCUCAGUUGGCUUAUUGUGUUGUGCAGUUCUUGGAGAAAGAUCCAUUGUUGACAGAACCUGUUGUUAAAGGGCUACUCAAAUUCUGGCCUAAAACCUGUAGUCAGAAAGAGGUAAUGUUCCUUGGUGAAGUAGAGGAAAUUCUGGAUGUGAUUGAGCCAUCACAGUUCGUGAAAAUUCAAGAACCUCUUUUCAGACAGAUUUCGAGAUGUGUGUCAAGUCCUCAUUUUCAGGUUGCAGAACGUGCUCUUUACUUCUGGAAUAAUGAAUAUAUAAUGAGUCUUGUAGAGGAAAAUAAUAAUGUUAUAAUGCCAAUAAUGUUCCCUGCAUUAUAUCGAAUUAGUAAGGAACACUGGAACCAAACUAUUGUGGCCCUCGUUUACAAUGUGCUCAAGACCUUUAUGGAAAUGAAUAGUAAACUUUUUGAUGAACUCACAGCAUCUUAUAAGGCAGAGAGGCAGAAAGAAAAGAAAAAAGAAAAGGAAAGAGAUGAAUUAUGGAAGAGACUUCAUGAAUUGGAAUUACGAAAUAUUGAAGCAAAUUCGAGAAAGAAAUAACCCCCAAACUGACUAAGUGAUGUAUCAAAAUAUUUAAAGAAUCAUAGACCGCAUAAUAUUAUUUGCUGUUAUAUUUGUUGUGUGACAAAGGUGCAAAUUAUCAGAACUGAAAAAUCUCCGCGGAGUAGUGAAUCAUGUCAGUUUCUUCAUUCAUGCAGUGCAAGUUGUAUGACUAUACCAAAUGCUGCAAUGCCAGCUGUUGAUAAACGAUUUUCAAGCUUUUUGAAAGAGAUCCUUCCCCAAAGUUGAUCACUUGAUUGGGAUGGCUUUCUGAGAAGCCUGUGUGGCAAAUGGAAAUUUGUCUUUGUCUGUAGAAGCUGGCUGGCGGGCUGGCUGGCGAGCGGUUGGACUGGCCAGCUGGCUAGUGGCUGGCUGGCCGGCUGACUGGCCAGCUGGCCAAGUGUGGGCCGUUUUGGCUGGCUGACUGCACUGGCACGUUAGCUGAUGGGCAAACUGGCACAUAAAGAGAAUGACUGAAGCAUUGGGUUGUCUUUUGCUUGGGGGAGGUGGUCAUUCUGGUCAGGUUGAGGAUAGGGGGAGUUGUAUGUACCAUUGUUCAACCGUUAAUGUACAUCCAAAACCCAAAUAAACCUUAGCAGGUAAAUGAAUAUUAAUGUGCAUUCACCAGGUUCUGCACGAAUUGUUGAAUUUCCACAGACCGAAAUCUUCAUAAUACAUAUAAAUAUAUAAAUAUAUACAUAUAAAUAUACAUAUAAAUAUACUGUAUAGUGUAUACAUAUUUGACGUCAAAUGCCUUGAUAAAUUAAUAAAUCUGCCACAGGAUUUAAUGUGUAAGUCAUAAUUUUGUUUUGCAGUUUCUGUAGACCAGAAAGUGUAAUUGAAAUCACUAAUUACUUGUUGCUUUAUUUUUUUAUUAGAAUUGCAAGUAAACUCAUUACAUUUUUAAAUGCAGUCAAAUAAUUGGCCCUGUGCACCAUAGUUUAGUAUGUGAUUGCUUAAUGUACUGCAAAUGUGGGAGCUUUCUGAAUUGCUCACUUAAAAUGAUUUGAGAAUUCUACUGUACCGAACCAUUUUUAGGCUAUUCCAAUGACUUACAUGAUUAGUUUCUAUUCUUGCCCCACACAUUAAAUUUGUUUGUGGUGUGCAAUUUUGUUGUACUGCUGGAUGACUGCAGAAUUUUCUUCAGUUACGUGUGGGUAUUGAUUCCUUCCCUAAAAUGAAACAAUCAGGAUAAUUAGAUAGGAAUUUGGUCCCUGUUUUGUUUCACUGCUUUGUAAAAUACACGGCUGUCUUGAAACAUCCUUUUGAAGAGUCCCUGAAACCAAGAUCCAUGAUCAUGUGUUUAGCACAGUGUUCAUGAUUGAAGUUUCAAUGAGAGUACUUGGGGGGUGGUUUUGGUUUUUAAAUAGUUGUCUCGUGAUUGCAGACGUGAACAAACUUCAAGCGGCACAUGUUCAUUACUUUUUACAUUUGUUACAUUAUUGUAAUAUAUUGUAAUACACAUUCAUGUAAGUGUAAAUAAAAUUAUAGUUCAUUGAGAAACAAUAGUUCUUUGGGUAUGGUAUGUCAUAUCCUAAUACAAUUGGAUAAAUGAAAAGGAUUUGGAUGAUGAGGUAACAAGGUAAAAGGUGAACAUGAUUGAAAACAUUUUUUGUAUUAUUAUUCAGUCUGUACAAAUGGCAAGUAAAGGGAAUAAGAUAACUGGAUUUUGGUUUGUUAAAAUAAGUUUUGGUCUAAAUGUACUAAGUUCAUUUACUUUCAAAAAAAGUCAUCAUGUACAAGUUCUAUUAUUUUGCUCAAACAUUGUAACUUAAUGUUUAUUUCUGUUAAAUAUGCAGUGGUAAGAAUGCUGUAGUGUCAAGUGCUGCUGUAAAAACAAUGAUGCUGUAGCAUCAGUUAUAUACUUCUAGUGGUGAACAAUAGUGAUUGCUUGUAAACAAGUUUUCUAAAGUUUUUAUUGAAGUUGUCAGCAACAAUGGGGUGUGAAGUGCCAACUGUGUCAAAACAAUGAUAUCAUUUAGAUGCUGCAUUGUCUCGUGUAAAGGCUGUUUUUCAGUUCUUGAUUUGGAGAGAAAUGGUAAAUGUUUUGUAAAGGAGCAUUGUAUAAUGUGUUGUAUGCUAAGUGUGUCUACUGAUGCUGUGUAUUGAAGUUUUGCUGUGAAGUUGGAAGAGUUUUAAUCGCGUUUCAUAUAUGACUAGUUGUGAGGUCAAAUGUAAUGUGUUGUGUGUACAGUUCCUUCCACAUGUGUAGCAUUAUGCUAUCAGGAACCUAUAAUGUACACAGCAAAAUUCAUGUUUAAGCACAUGGAUGUUACUGUGAUGACACAACUUCACAACGUUUGCUCAGGUGAAUGAGAUUUUUAAUAUUGUAAAUCAUGUUUUAAGGUGGUGAUGUGUAUUCAAUGUGUCAAAUUUGGGAGCCCAAAGUCCUAGCAGCCCUUACACGAGCCAGUGUGGUAUUUUUAGAAAAGUCCUUCUCCAGUGUCAGUGAUCAUAAGCAUGACAGUCCAUUUCACAAUUUAAAUGCAGUACAUUGAAGAGCAUUAAGUAGCCAGUUCAAGUGUGCUUGUUAUAAAUUGAACAGUUUUCGUAGAGGCAAAAUAUGCCACUUCAGAGUAUCGAAUGAAAGAGAACUGAAAAGGAGUUGUGUCCAGGAGACUGUGUUUUAUUUAGCAGGAUUUGUUUUUAUUGGUUCCAAAUUAACUAUAUAGCCAUUAGAAAGGUGGUGUUUUUUUUUAAAUCCCCUUCUUUGAAACUGGCUGCAGCAUUACUGUGAUUUUAUAUAAACUAAUUCCUCAGUAAUAAGAAUAACUUAUACGAAUGUUAUUUGAUGUUUAUUAUAUUUGUUCUCUGCUGAUUUUUUCCUAGCCAUAAAAAUUAACUGUUGAGACAUUUCUGCAUGGAACACUUUUUGUUGUCAUGUCUAGUUAAGUUAUAAAUUAAUACUGAAAAUAUUGCAAUAAAUAUUCAUUAUAUAUGUGGUAUCCACACAUUGUGAAUGUAUGUGUGAGUUUUUAAAGUGAAAAGAGUAUGAAGACUGUUAGGCUCUAAAAGGGCUUUGUCAGUAAUUUUGUUUUGUUGUUUUGUUUUCCUUCACCCAAAAGUAGUUAUUCUGUGUAUUGAUAUUCUCAUUUAGUUUACAUUAAUUUAGUUGAAUGGAUCAGAAAUAUUAUUUUAAUCCCCUGUGCAUAGUUCUCAGCAACUUUGUCUUCAUCUUGUGUACUGUAAAGUUACACAAUAAGUGGCUCAACCUACCUUAAUAUUUGUAACCCCCACCCACCCUUCUAUUUAACUGAGGUUGUCUACCAAUUUUUCAUGCAAAUGUGCAUAAAUGAAGUAUCUGCUUGUUUAAGGCAGAUAUGAAAGAAACUAGUGCAAUAAAUGAGUAACUGAAGUGCAAUACUAAACCUACCUAAUUUAGAUUUCUGUCCCUGCAAUGACUCCUGAACAUCACCUCUUCAAACUGCAAAUAUCUUUAAUUUAAUUUUAAUUGGAAAUGUGCAUGUGUAUGUCCUUAAUUUGUAUUUUCCUGUAGUUGUAGUUCAGUGGCGGAUCCAAGAGGGGCCAUGCAGGCAAUUUUUGUAAUUUUACUCCAUUUAUUCAAGUUAAUUAUCUCAUAUUGGUUGCAUCAAAUCCAAAAAAGUAUUCUCAUCAAGAAUAUGCCUUCUUGAUUUCAUACUAAGAAGAAAAAAAAAUGAAUAAAAAUAUAAAUUAUUUAGGGCAGGGGUCUGAACUGAAAUACUUGCUGGAUCCACCCCUGAUGUAGUUAUUGUUUUUUUGAGUUGUGCGAAUGUGUGUUUUAACAUGUGUGAAAUCCAUUUUUUCCUUCUUGUAAUGUAGUUGUGGGAUGAAUUGCUUAUUGAAAUUCCCAGCGACUUCUUACGAAAAUGAAUGAAACGUCCUUAAUUUUGAAAAAAAAAGAAAAAAAAAAAAAAAGAAAAAGGUCUUGUGAGGAGAUGCAUGAAUAAUAGUUUGGAAAUACAUGUUCUUCUUGGGCUAUCAAAAUGUAUUUUUAUUGUAAGCAAUAUAUACAUUAUAAGGCAACUUUAGCUAUUUGAAGACGGAGAACAUUAGUUCCGUUGUUAAAAACAAAAGAAAAAAGUUUAUUUGGUAGAAUCACAUGCAGUACACUCGUGAUUUUACGGACUUGUUGGUACCAAACACUGUCCAUACUGUCUAGAUUCGAAGAUACGGUAUGCAAUUUUCAGCCUAUGAGAUUGCGAUUUUGUUCCAAGGCUGUAGUAAAAUAAUAAAAUAGGUUAUUUCAGUAUGCUUACAGUAUUAAUUCUUUGUAUAAUGUACUAACUAAAUUACAAUACACAACACUAAUUUUUCCUCCAACAUUUUUGUGGGUGUCCGUACCAUUUAAAUGUCUAUACGACAGGUCCUUACAAUCUGGAGUUUACUGUUCACUUGAUGUAUAUCAACAUUUUCUAUAAGAACAUAUAUAUUUCCCGUGAUAUGCCAAUGGUACCAAUCUAACUGGUAGAAAAAAGAUACUUGUUUAGUGUAAAAAGUAUAUUCGUGUUAUUGGGAACUUGAAUAGUGCAGAGGGAGUGGUAGAUUUGUACCUGUGUGCCGAUGUGUCAUCCUUUGUAUCACACUAUUGCUAUAUUUCUUGGUAUGAACCCUUUUUCUUUGUUUUUCCUUUGCAUUCUAAUCUAUUUUCCGCACGAAAUUGACAUAUCUAGUGGAAAGGGAUGCAACUUUGAUUGGGGGCAAAAUCAUGCCGUUUGAAAUGUAUCUGAAAUUUGAAAUGUGAAAUGUUUACUUCAUGAUGGGUUUUCUAGUGCCUCACAAUGAUCUCUGACAAUUUAUGUGCAGUAUAAAAACACUCGUUUUGCUUUGCGUUUGUUGUUAAACAACUUGAGGUAGCACCAUGUGGCUGUACAUUGCAUUUAAAUAGUGAAUUGCACUUACGACCUUGCACUUUGCCCAAUGGUUCUUGCUGCUGUUGUUGACAUAGAAUAGGUGAACUCAAGUCUGUCAAAACACUUCAAAGGUAAUAGUUGUAUGUGUUCCAUGAAUUAGUGUCGUUUAUAUGAAGAAUAAUCUGUAGUAUGAAAAUGUGUGCAACAAAUUUAAUUCAGAUUGAAUAAUAUAAAUACAUAUAUAUAUAUAUAUAUAUUUCUUGGCUUUUGACAUUUGUGACAUGAAUUGUGACAAAAUUGAUAGCAUACCGUUCAAAAGAUUUUUAAUCCUUAAUGACGAAAAUGCGAGAUGACAAGUACUAUUUUUUUUAAUUGCAUUUUACAGACAGUGUGUUUUUAUUGUCUUAGAACAUUCCUUACACUUCUCUGAAAGUAUGGUACUCAAAGUCAAUUUUGUGAGUAAUCAGUUGAAUGUACCCGUAGCGUCCAGGAUUGUUCUCAUCUUUUGUACAGUGCUGCACUGUCACAGAUAUUUGUGAUCAUAUUAGUAAGGAAGGUACUUGAAAUACAUUAUUUUUUACCAUGUGCACUUAAAAAAAAUCCUAGAACUGCAUGAUGCAGGGAAAAUGUCACAUGCACAUCAUUAAAAUAAAUGUAACUUUACUUUUUUGUUAUGCCUAGUAUAUUACAUGUAUUGUUUAUUGCUGUGUUACUUGUCAAGAAUUUCUAAAGAAGAUCGUCAGCAACAGAUUGUGUAAGCAUUGUGGUGAUGGGAGAGUGCAUGACUAACAACUAUAUGUGGAGUAUGGAGUAACACUUUCAAGCCAAAGGAUACAUGGGAGUGAUAAAAGUUACUGAAAUGAAAAAGAGAGAAAAAAAAACAAAACAAAACAAGCAGUGUAAAAGCAUGAAUGUGAUAAAUUCCACAUUGUGAUUUUGAAGAUAACAUUCACAACCUAAAUAAAAACUAAAUUCAUAACAUUUUGGUGCACAGUAACAGGUGCAGCUUUAAUUUAUGAGAUAACCUCGUGUUACAAAAUCUUUUUGCAGGCAAUUAUAAAAUGUAUGCUGAGGAUGGAUUAAUAUAAGUGCUUGCAUGAACUCCAUUGUAAGUGAAGGUCUGUCAUCUGAACUCUGCACUGCAUCUUGCUUAUGUUCGUAUAGUAGAGGAUUAUCAGCCUUAUUCUAAAGAUUUGUAAUUUUAAAAGUUAGUUUGCUGUGAUAUUCUAGAAGAGUGAUACCAAAUACCAGUCUAAAAUUUGAAGACCUUAACUCUGUUAAUGCUGGAAACAUUAACAGAUGAAUUGUUCAUUGCAAUAUGAGUUGCCAUCUGUGUGAAUGAAAUAAUACUAGUGUUCUAGUCAUUUAGGGACUAACCACUGUUAAAAUGUAUUUAAUCUCUACAAGUACUUAUUUUUUCACUUGUUGAGAUGAUGCCUUUACUUGGUUAUAUCUGCUUUUCAAUUAAUUAUACAGGAAAUGCUGUAUUUUUAGCUCGUUCAUUCAUGGGUUACAUUUGCUGUAAAAGUACAUGAACAUCUGUAUAGAUUCCCAAUGACACAUGUACACAAGAUUUGAUCUUGUGUUUAUCCAGAAUUCAUGUUAUAGAAAAUCUGCAAUGAAUUUUGAGUGAAUUGAAAUAUCUUAACUGCUUGGACAACUUAAAAAAAAAAAAAAAGUAUUUUUAUUAGAAAUUUGUCCAAUCGGCCACAUGCCUUUCUUGUUGGGAACAAUAUGAAGUAAUUGGUUUUCUUCUACCUUGUCUGUAUUUAAACUUUGUUUAAUAGAAUUAUUUCUUUCUUUUCAAAAAUUUUUGUGAAAAAUUAAUUUUUGUCGAAAACACCAAAAAUUAAGAAAUUCUAAUCAUGCUCAUUGAAAAAGAUGCACACAUGAAAAGAACCAUAUAUUUUAUUUCCCAUUUAAAUACCCAGUUGACUUGAGAUACUUUUCCAUUCAGGUAAUUGUUUGUACUCUGAAAACAACUUGUGUUGUAGUUCGGAGUUUCAUGAACUUCAAUAGGAAUAUUAAGAAAUUUAAAAAAAUGACCAAAAACUAAUGCGUGUUGUCAUCUCAAUGGGUAGGGGAAAUCUUUGUACCUUGGGACUAGUCUUGAAAUUUUAUAUGCUUUCUUCGUUAUUUGUUGAUGGAAGACUGUAUAUAUUGAAAGAAGGAUGUUCCUUGUAGAAGCCGGUAUAGAUUUUAUACCUCUGUUUCUGAGAGUUCUUCAGGAUUAAACAAGCAAGUGACAUGUUGACGCUCAUAUGGUUAUUAUAAAGCAGCUGCUAAAACAUCCAAGAAAGGGUAAGAAGUUCAAAUACAUAUAAAAUUUAUUGUACUAUGUUGAAUUGUACACAAAGAAUUGACAUGUGUAAUAAUGAAUGCGUAACUAUCUGACCUCUGAAUCAUAUGUACUCUGAAUGGUGUUCACAGAAAUUGAUGAUAAAGAAAAGUUGCUGUUUUUCUUUCCCCGUGUUUCUACUAUUCUGAAUGGAUCAGAUGAAAUCCAAAUUAGCUAGUUACAGAGUAACAUUUAGCAAAUGCCCUAAUGUAAAAUUCCCAGGCUAUAAUGCUUAAGUUGUUUCUAUUCACUUACUGAUCCAUGUCAGUUUGUAUCUAGAAGAAUGCUGAAGAACAUCCAAUGAAUAAAACUAAUUUGUUCUAUAUACUUAAUGUCGCAUGUAAUUCUUCAAUACAUUUUAAACUUUUUUCAUGUCCAAAUCUCCUGAAUUCUUAAAUCAUUUUCCUUCCCAUUCAUUUAACUAUUCAGAAAGACUUGCGCAAUUAUGAUAGAUCUAAUUGAGAUUUGUGAUUUUGAUGAACUUUUGCUGUGGAGUAAGUUCACUCAUGGAAGAAACAAAAUUCUUAUAUUAAUUAACUCACUAACAAAGUAGAAUGUGUGUUUGAUUUUAUCCAAUUUAUAUCGAACAACUGAUGGAAAAAGUAUUUCUAUGAAUUCAAGCUUGGUUUUUCAAUCUGUGAUAAGUGUCCCAAGGCAAAAUUUCCCCACAUUUGUACACAAAAAUAUAUAUCUGGAAAAAAAAUGCCC